AUGCACUUCGAGGAGCAGUACCCCAACAAGCCUCCGGGCGUCAAGUUUAUCAGCACCAUGUUCCAUCCCAACGUCUACGCCACUGGCGAGCUGUGUCUAGACAUUCUGCAGAACCGCUGGAGUCCUACCUAUGAUGUCGCCGCCAUCCUGACCAGUAUCCAAAGGUGGGUCAGAAACUACACAGAUCUCAGGACCAGACUAACACAGUCGGAUAGUUUGCUUAACGAUCCCAACACCAGUUCGCCGGCCAACGUUGAGGCAUCGAAUCUGUACAAAGACAACCGCAAGGAGUACUACAAGCGCGUGCGCGAGACGGUCGAGAAGAGCUGGGAAGAUUGA